AUGAAAGAGCUUGACAAAAGAUACGAAUUCACAGAAAACAACCAGAAUUACACCCUGUACAUCGUUGGUCCAAUGUGUAAUUUGAAGCCCACAGUUCUGAAAUCGUACAAUGAACGACCAAAACCGGGAGUGAAACCGAUUGGCCAGACGUCAGCCUUCAUUGAAGGCCAAGGAAUGCUUGACUACACUGUCUACCAUAAGGAACCACCUCGAAUGGGAAUGAGGAUUGCUGUGACUUGUGGCUUUGGUGAUUGCGGAUCCAGAGGAUAA